ACAUAUAUAUGGAGUAAUGGAGAAACAAAUCGAUUGGAAUUGGAAAAACCCUGGAAUUGGCAAGUCCCCAUCCUCGCAUUAGCAGAGAGAGAAACGCUGAUAACCGCCAUUGAUGCACACAUUCCAAUCGCGACGUCCUAAGAAAAGGACUGACGAAGUGUCUGAAAAUGUUAUGGAAAAGAUUUUCACGACCAAAACUGAAGAAUAGGAAGCCUUCUACUGACAGAGAGAGGAAAUCUAGUGACAACAAGCGGUUGAGAAGUGAUCCUGUGAAUCGAACCUUGCAAACGACGCCAAAGAGAAAGGCUUUUGACACUGCAACAAAUCAAGGCAGGGUGAAAAAGAAGCGGAAAAUGAGAGAUGAUAAUGGUGUGGAUGAAAGAACCAACACUGUUGAUCGGAUUUCCGAAUUACCCGACCCCAUUAUCCAACACAUUUUGUCUUUCUUGCGUUGUCCCAAAGAUGUCACGCGAACUAGUGUAUUGUCCAAGAAAUGGAGAAGUACAUAUGCUUCCUUCCUAUCAUUUGAUUUCGAUCAAAAGAGAUUUAAAGCACCGGGGGGAGGAGAGGUGCAACAAGCAGAGUUCAAGAGAUUUGUCGAAAGCUCCUUAUCAACUCGAAUUGCACCAUUGAUUUGGAUACAGAAGUUCAGGCUACACAUUACCUCUUUUGGUCCAAAAAUGGCCCGUCAUAUAGACCGCUGGUUAUGUGCUGCUACUACAAAAAAUGUUAAAGAGCUGGAAAUUUCUGUUGAAAGAAAGAGAAGGUUGCGUUACUCUGUGCCUCAAAUUGUGCUGGCUGCACACACAUUGACUUCAUUGAAGUUAUAUGGAUGUAAGUUGGAUAAAUACAAGGAUAUGAAACUUCCUAAUCUGCAACAGUUGUCAAUGAAGAAAAUGCAUAUCAAUCAUAAUAUUAUCCAGAGUUUUGUUCGUGGCUGUCCCAUGAUUGAGGAUUUUAGACUGAUACACUCUGAUGGGUUGGAAGCUCUGAAUCUUUCAACUCUUGUUAAGCUCAAUAGGGUUGAGGUACAUCAGUGCAAUGGGCUAGAGAGCGUAGAAAUUGAAGCACCAAAUCUUGAAACUUUAUGGUGCUAUGGGAAAAAGGCUCAGUUGUGCAAUGUCAAAUUGAAUUGCUGUGAAAAUCUAAGAAGUUUGACAUUGAAGGAUACCAGUAUGACAGAUGAGUUGUUUCAGGAUCAGAUUAACAAGUUUCCGGUCCUGGAAAAGUUGGUCCUGAUGGAAUGUGAUACCCUAGAGAGACUUACAAUUUUAAGUUAUAAUCUCAAGAUACUAGUAGUCGUAAGAUGCAAAAAGCUGCAUGAGGCUAUUGUUGAUACUCCAAAUUUGCAUACUUUUGAGUACACUGGAGAUAAAACCUUUUCCUUUUCCUUGACAGCCCCAAAACUGCAGGAAGCCAAGCUUUAUUUUGAAUCAUCGAGAAAAGCCGUGUCUAAAGGCCGGAUAGAAGGUCACAUCCCUUUGUGGAUGGUUAAUCUGCAGGAAUUUCUCGGAUUGUUGAAUCAAUCAAAAAAUUUGAAUUUGGUUGUACGCCACAAGAAGGACAUGCUUAUUUCUGAGGAUUUGGAGGGUAUUGAACUACCUUUAGACCAUGAUCUCAAGCUGGAAAUAUCUAAUCCAUCAACGAAAUUAGAAGAUCUUCUUGAUAGUUUGUUACGGAUAACUCACCCAGAGACACUAUCUGUAGUCUCCCCCUCUGACAGCGAAUUCCUGAAGCUCCUCCAUGAUAAGAUGAUGAACAGAGAAGAGAAUCCAGCCUGUUGUAGAUAUUACUCAAGGAAAUGCUGGCUGCAUUACUUAAAAGAUGUUAAAACUGGAGAUAGUUUGACGUCUGCUCUUCGUAGGAGAGAUUCAUCUUCGACUCUCUACAAGACUGCUGCAUUUAAGUUGGAAUGGACAGCAAGAUAAAGAUGCUAUUGAGGUUUAGAACACAUGAUAUAUUUAGGAAGGUUUAUAAUUCUUACAAAUUUGGAUUCUUGAUUAUCAUUUUCCCUUAGAAUCCUUCUCUUUUGGUUCACAACUUACUAAGUUAUUCACGGAUCAAUAUGGUUUUCUCUUAAGUAGAUCACAUUUUGGAUAUCUGCUGUGUUACAUGACGUGUUGGUAUGUAGUUUUCGAUUCCUUAUAGGAGUAGAGUAAUGAAUGCAUGAGAUGGAAAUUUCUGUCA